CGCGACCCCGGAAGCACAUCCUCCAUCCUCCGCCUUCUUUCCAGCAGAAAUGGCGGCUGCGGCGGCUCGAGUUAUGUUGUUACCUGCGGCGCGGCGGCGGCUCUGGGGUUUCAGCGAGAGUCUCCUGAUCCGCGGCGCUGCGGGACGGUCAUCAUAUUUUGGAGAGAACAGAUUACGAAGUACACAGGCUGCUACCCAAGUUGUUCUGAAUGUUCCUGAAACAAGAGUAACAUGUUUAGAAAGCGGACUCAGAGUGGCUUCGGAAGACUCUGGGCUUUCAACAUGCACAGUUGGACUCUGGAUUGAUGCUGGAAGUAGAUAUGAAAAUGAGAAGAAUAAUGGAACAGCACACUUUCUGGAGCAUAUGGCUUUCAAGGGCACCAAAAAGAGAUCCCAGUUAGAUCUGGAACUUGAGAUUGAAAAUAUGGGUGCUCAUCUCAAUGCCUAUACCUCCAGAGAGCAGACUGUAUACUAUGCCAAAGCUUUCUCUAAAGACUUGCCAAGAGCUGUAGAAAUACUUGCUGAUAUAAUACAAAACAGCACACUGGGAGAAGCAGAGAUUGAACGUGAGCGUGGAGUAAUCCUUAGAGAGAUGCAGGAAGUUGAAACCAAUUUACAAGAAGUUGUUUUUGAUUAUCUUCAUGCCACAGCUUAUCAAAAUACUGCACUUGGACGGACAAUUUUGGGACCAACAGAAAAUAUCAAAUCUAUAAGUCGUAAGGACUUAGUGGAUUAUAUAACCACACAUUAUAAGGGACCAAGAAUAGUGCUUGCUGCUGCUGGAGGUGUUUCCCAUGAUGAACUGCUUGACUUAGCAAAGUUUCAUUUUGGUGACUCUUUAUGUGCACACAAAGGAGAAAUACCAGCUCUGCCUCCCUGCACAUUCACAGGAAGUGAGAUUCGUGUGAGGGAUGACAAGAUGCCUUUGGCGCACCUUGCAAUAGCUGUUGAAGCUGUUGGUUGGGCACAUCCAGAUACAAUCUGUCUCAUGGUUGCAAACACGCUGAUUGGCAACUGGGAUCGCUCUUUUGGAGGAGGAAUGAAUUUAUCUAGCAAGCUGGCCCAGCUCACUUGUCAUGGCAAUCUUUGCCAUAGCUUUCAGUCUUUCAACACUUCCUACACAGAUACAGGAUUAUGGGGACUGUAUAUGGUUUGUGAACCAGCCACUGUUGCAGACAUGCUACAUGUUGUUCAGAAAGAAUGGAUGCGACUCUGUACAAGUGUCACCGAAAGUGAAGUCGCACGAGCCAAAAAUCUUCUGAAAACAAACAUGUUGUUGCAGCUUGAUGGUUCAACUCCAAUUUGUGAAGAUAUUGGUAGGCAGAUGUUAUGCUAUAAUAGAAGGAUUCCCAUCCCUGAGCUUGAAGCAAGAAUUGAUGCUGUGAAUGCUGAGACAAUUCGAGAAGUAUGUAACAAAUAUAUUUAUAAUAGGAGUCCAGCUAUUGCUGCUGUUGGUAAGCCUGGCUUCUUUUCUUCUAUGCAAAAAGUUGGCCAAGUACUUUUAAUUAACUGUCUUCUUUUUAAUCCUUAGGUCCCAUUGAGCAACUACCAGAUUUUAAACAGAUUUGCAGUAACAUGUGUUGGCUUCGUGGUUAAAAUGCUUGUUAUCAAGGUUAUUUGAACACAUGUAUUUAUAAAACUGAGAUCUAGAAAAAAUAAAAAUGAACAUGUAUAUACAUCUGGAAAUUUGAAUGAAAUACUGUAUCAUGCUUUCAAAGGAUAAAAAGACUACCCCUCUGAA